AACAGCUGAUUGCGUUUUGUUGCAGCGGGAAAUUUUUCUGAAAUAUCCACAAAUUUUGGAAAAUUUAGCUGAAUUAGUACUCUCUGACGGCAUGGACGAGCUGCAGAAGUUGGAGUACCUUUCGCUGGUCUCGAAGAUCUGCACGGAGCUAGACAAUCACUUGGGCAUCAACGACAAGGACCUGGCCGAGUUUAUCAUCGAUUUGGAAAACAAAAAUCGGACAUACGAUGCAUUUCGCAAGGCUCUGCUUGAGAAUGGCGCCGAAUUUCCGGACUCCCUGGUCGAGAACCUGCAGCGCAUCAUUAAUCUUAUGCGCCCCAGUAAACCUGGCGGCGAUAGCCAGGAGAAAAUUGGCGGCGACAAGAAGGAAGACAAGAAAUCGCAACUGUUGAAAAUGUUCCCCGGCCUGGCUUUGCCCAAUGACACCUUUAGCAAGAAGGAGGAGAGCGAUGGCGAAGAGAAGGUGAAACCGGAUAAGCAUGCCGAAACGCACAAAAAAACCGAUAUGAGCGAUGUGGAUGCAGCUAUGAUGGAACUGGAAGCGCUUGCCCCCGGUGAGGGCAACACAGUGGUAAGACCACCUAAGGAAGUCGGUUCCAAGGACCGCCACAAGCGCAGAAGUAGGGAUCGAGACACAAAGCGACGCAGUAGAUCGCGGGAGGAUAGACACUCUGAUCGCCGCAGAAGCAGGUCGCGUGACAAAGAACGACGUCGACGAAGCAGAUCCCGAGAUAAUCGGCGCAGAAGCAGGUCCCGCGAGGAUCGCGAUCGAGACAGAGAGCGACGCCACAGGAGAUCAAGCUCAAGAGAUCGCCAUGAACGCCGAAGACGAAGUCGAUCUCGUUCCACAGAUCGUAGAGAUAGGAGAGAUCGAUCGAAGGAUCGCAGUGAAAAGAUGCCGCCACCGUCGGCCGCCAUGAGCGAUGAUCCGGAGGCGGGAAAGAUCUACUCCGGCAAGGUAGCUAAUAUCGUACCCUUUGGCUGCUUCGUACAGCUUUUUGGACUGCGGAAACGGUGGGAAGGCUUAGUACACAUCUCACAACUAAGAGCAGAAGGACGCGUAACAGAUGUUACGGAGGUAGUCACUCGGAAUCAGACUGUUAAAGUGAAAGUGAUGACAAUAACUGGCCAAAAAGUUUCCUUGUCAAUGAAAGAGGUGGACCAAGACUCCGGGAAGGAUCUCAAUCCACUGUCACACGCUCCAGAGGACGAGGAGUCUCUAAGAGAUCGAAAUCCAGAUGGUCCCUUUAGCAGCAGCACAUCGAUGCUGAAUCUGCAAGGUAAUGGUUUGGAUGGUGAUGAGCACGAGUCCAGGAAACGUGUGACCAGGAUCUCCAGUCCCGAGCGCUGGGAAAUCAAGCAGAUGAUUAGUUCCGGUGUGUUGGACAGAUGUGAGAUGCCUGAUUUCGACGAGGAAACUGGCCUAUUGCCGAAAGAUGAAGACGACGAAGCCGAUAUCGAAAUUGAGAUUGUGGAAGAGGAGCCCCCCUUCCUCUCCGGGCACGGUAGAGCCUUACAUGAUCUGUCUCCAGUGAGAAUUGUAAAAAAUCCCGAUGGCUCCCUAGCUCAAGCUGCCAUGAUGCAAUCGGCGUUGUCUAAGGAGCGUCGCGAACAGAAGAUGCUGCAGCGCGAACAAGAGAUGGAAGCUGUGCCUACGAGCCUCAAUAAGAAUUGGAUUGAUCCACUGCCUGAGGAAGAGAGCCGCAGCCUAGCGGCCAACAUGCGAGGAAUGGGUGCUGCUCCCGCUGAAGUUCCAGAAUGGAAAAAGCAUGUAAUUGGCGGCAAAAAGUCCUCAUUCGGUAAGAAGACUGAUCUGACGCUAGUGGAGCAGCGUCAGUCGUUGCCCAUAUACAAACUGCGAGAUGAUCUGAUCAAGGCGGUCACGGACAAUCAGAUCCUUAUUGUGAUUGGAGAAACAGGUUCAGGAAAAACCACACAGAUCACCCAGUAUUUGGGCGAAUGUGGAUUCACUGCUAGAGGAAAAAUUGGCUGCACCCAACCCAGAAGAGUGGCUGCCAUGUCGGUGGCCAAGCGUGUGGCGGAGGAGUACGGUUGCAGGUUAGGCCAGGAAGUAGGUUACACCAUCCGUUUCGAGGAUUGCACCAGUCCGGAAACCAUAAUUAAGUACAUGACUGAUGGUAUGUUGCUCCGUGAGUGCCUAAUGGAGGCGGAGUUAAAAAGUUAUUCGGUCAUUAUGUUGGAUGAAGCUCACGAACGGACGAUCCAUACGGAUGUGCUCUUCGGCCUGCUCAAGACAGCCGUGCAAAAGCGACCAGAACUGAAGCUAAUUGUCACAUCAGCCACCUUGGACGCGGUGAAAUUCUCGCAGUACUUCUUCAAGGCGCCAAUCUUCACAAUUCCCGGAAGAACCUUUCCCGUGGAGGUUUUAUAUACUAAGGAACCAGAGACGGAUUAUUUGGAUGCCUCUCUGAUUACAGUGAUGCAAAUCCAUUUGCGAGAACCUCCUGGUGACAUUCUGCUCUUCCUUACGGGUCAGGAAGAAAUCGACACGGCUUGCGAAAUCCUGUACGAACGAAUGAAGAGUUUGGGACCGGAUGUCCCUGAGCUGAUUAUUCUGCCGGUGUAUUCAGCAUUGCCAUCCGAAAUGCAAACGCGUAUAUUUGAUCCUGCGCCCGCUGGUAGCCGAAAGGUUGUUAUAGCCACCAAUAUUGCUGAAACUUCACUUACAAUCGAUGGCAUUUUCUAUGUGGUAGAUCCUGGUUUUGUGAAACAGAAGGUGUACAACUCGAAAACGGGCAUGGACUCCCUGGUGGUUACUCCCAUUUCACAAGCGGCAGCAAAGCAAAGAGCGGGAAGAGCCGGGCGUACUGGCCCAGGAAAAACCUACCGUCUUUAUACGGAACGUGCGUAUCGAGAUGAAAUGCUGCCCACUCCGGUGCCGGAAAUCCAGCGCACCAAUCUGGCCACAACAGUAUUGCAGCUGAAGACAAUGGGUAUAAACGAUCUGCUGCACUUUGAUUUUAUGGACGCUCCGCCUGUGGAAUCGCUGGUAAUGGCGCUCGAGCAACUACAUUCCCUCUCAGCGUUGGAUGAUGAAGGCCUGCUUACUCGGCUGGGCAGACGCAUGGCCGAGUUUCCCCUCGAGCCGAAUCUCUCCAAGAUGCUUAUAAUGUCCGUCGCUCUGCAGUGCUCCGAUGAGAUUUUGACUAUAGUAUCGAUGCUCAGUGUGCAGAACGUGUUUUACAGGCCAAAGGACAAGCAGGCACUGGCGGAUCAGAAAAAGGCCAAAUUCAAUCAGGCGGAAGGUGACCAUCUGACGCUGCUGGCCGUUUACAACAGUUGGAAGAACAACAAAUUCUCAAAUGCCUGGUGCUACGAAAACUUCGUACAGAUCCGAACCCUGAAACGCAGCCAGGAUGUGAGAAAGCAGCUGCUGGGAAUCAUGGACAGGCAUAAAUUGGAUGUGGUAUCCGCUGGAAAAAACUCUGUGCGAAUUCAGAAGGCGAUCUGCUCCGGUUUCUUCCGCAAUGCAGCGAAAAAGGAUCCGCAGGAGGGGUAUCGUACCCUCGUCGAUUCUCAGGUGGUUUACAUCCAUCCGUCGAGUGCGCUUUUUAAUCGCCAGCCAGAGUGGGUCAUCUAUCACGAGCUGGUGCAGACCACCAAGGAGUAUAUGCGUGAGGUUACCACAAUCGAUCCCAAAUGGCUGGUAGAGUUUGCUCCGUCAUUCUUCCGCUUCUCGGACCCCACGAAGCUAAGCAAAUUCAAGAAGAAUCAGCGCCUGGAGCCGCUGUACAACAAGUACGAGGAGCCCAAUGCCUGGCGUAUCUCUCGCGUCCGUCGACGUCGCAAUUAAUGGACUAAGCCCGAUCAUGUGUAUAAUUUUUUAUAUUUUAGGCGCUUAUAAUAUAAUUUAAGUUUAAACCUC